AUGUAUGCACAGACCACCCGCCUGUACGGGACACCGCCGGGCAGCGGCGCGUCCGGGUGCACGCGGAGACCUGCGGUGGGUCCGAACCCGAGGCCCCCGCCCCCACCCCCACCCUCGCCCCCACCAGGCACCUGCCCUGGUGCCCGCGUCUGCCAGGGCGCGGACACGUGCGGCGCGCAGCAAGGCUCCGACGACGGCGACGCCAAACCGCAGAGAGCUGGCCUCGUCGACUUUGAAACACUGCUCAAAGACUACGCCUUUUACGACGAGGUCGACAAGAGGAUUUUGAAUUACAACGGAGACAAGAAGAAGGCAGUGAGGUUUGCGCCGGGCACCAAGAAGGAUCCCUCGGAUUCUAUUUACUCGCACGACCUGAAAAGCGUGAUCGAUUACGAGCACCGAGAGGACGACUGCACCGAGUCCUUCUGGGGCUGCUUGGUUGGGGAUCUCGUCGCUGAUGUUCUCAGUGAAUCUAGUAACGAGACGAAAGAGCUGGUAGAGGAGGUGAUACAGACGCUGGAAGUAGCGCAGGAAAUUGGACAUGUCGUUCUGGAUCACCUGCAGGCAAGUGUUGUAUUUUCGGGGCAUCCCGACAAACAACAUGAAGAAGAAUCGUUUGACGCUAAACGAAAAAGAAAGAAAACAAACUACCCUUUCCUACCACCAGUAACCGAAGAGACUUGCCCGGGAUGUAGUAUUACUGAGGAAUCUUCGCAGUCCCAGGGCGCAGAUGACGCAACGUCUGUUCUGGACGAAGGAGACGAAUGCCAAAAAGUGGGGCACCGAUGUUGCGGAGGGGACGAGCCGAGAUCUGAACCCCAGGCAGCGGUUGAAGAACCAGCACCUGCAGCUUUCGCAAGAUGUGGAGAUGCGUGUGGUGUGGACGAUCUGAUUCAGGAAGCGACGCCUCAAACCGACGACGCUGGGUGUGCAGAUACCUGCGGUGUUGGGGAAGAGGCCGUUGAGGAAGCUGCGCCUGAGGCCGCGGCUGACGUUGGCAGCGAAGGAGGAGGCUGCGAUUGCGACGCAUCUGUUUCGAAAUCUUGCCCCUACCCCGCGAAACGAUGCUUAGUGUCUGCAGAGCGAAAGAGUAGAGACAACUAUCCGUUCCUGGAAGACAAAUCUAAAGCGGUAUUCAAUUGCGGACCAGUAAAUGCAUGCAAAUCUAGCUACGAUAAAGCGAAAGUAGUGAUUACUAAACAUGCUGGUGGUGUUAUGUCUGCAGUGAUGGAUUCUCAUCAAACAAUUGACAAAGUUCAGAAGGCAAUUUUUGCGAAAGCUAAUCACUCGUUGUCUAAUGCAUUAACUAAUUUAACUAAGACGGCUGAAAAGACAGAAGAAGUGACCAAAAUAGCAUUGGGCAAGAGUCUGAAACUUUCAGAAGAAUCUUUGGAAUCAAAUGACACUGCCAACAAAGAUACAAUCGCUAACUAUACUCUCAAGGAUCUACAUCGAGAAGAGAAUUCUCAGCCAGAGUUUAUAAACGUGUCUACUGAUGUUAAUGCUGUCAAAGGAAGUAUUCCUCAAGAACAGUCGGAUUCUCUUUUGCCGAACAGACAUAUUAUAUCCAAUAUUGCAGAAGAGCAAUCGGCCAUUGCAAGUCAAGGGGGCCUGGAGGCCACUUCGAAGUUGACUGCAACGAAUCUUUCUUCUUUGCAAAAUAUUGCAGAUGAAGCAGAUGUUUCUAGGAAGUCUCCUGGUCAAGUUCGUGUCCAGCAAGCAAUUUCCGGUAAUUAA